AUGAGCUCGAGAUCCAAUGGAGCGAAGAGCCCCAAGUCAAGGAUUGAAGCAGCUCUUAUCAGCCGAGCUGUUGACCUUCAUGCUAGUCCGCUGAAGAGGAGGAUCGCCAGCCCUGAGCGAGUGAAGGCACAAAGUGCAGCCCGAGUCUCAGAGGAGGGAGAAGAUUCUCCGGAUCAAGGCGACGAGGGCUACAUGUGGCCCCUCCUGGGCAGCAAGCAUUCACAGGAUGAAAUAUCUGAGCAUUUCUGGGGCGAUGCUGUGAGGAGAAUGCACUUGUUGGAGCAGGAAAACCGAGAGAAGACGUUUGAAAAGGCCAAGAAUUUGUUUGAGGCCCACGCGAGGAAAGAAUCCAACCACCCCCGCAGUCAGGAGCCAUUCCUGCCUAAACUGAAACUUCAUGGACUGAAUCGUAACAAAUCCAUCAGUUUAGAAUCCUUAAUCACUCCCAGGGGCGUGAACGUCGCGAAAAUGCAGAGGCUUGUAUCGGCAGACACUUCGUUCGAGUCGCAGACAAGUUCGAAUGAUUUUCGUGCUUCGAUGUCUCAAAAGUGGACUCAACCCAUGAAGACCGCGAGAACAUUUCGGGAGCUGAAGGAGGAAGACCAAGAAGCAAUGUCGACACUGCUCAGGUCCAGUUUGCGCAACCUUUCUUCAGUCAACCUGCAGCUGAAAAGAGAGCACAUUCGGCUCCACUCCGUCAUCCUGAAAAGCCCUGAGACCGAUUGCUCGGAGUACUUUGCGGACUCGCGAUCGUGCUUGCGGGAUACGAAGAUGUUGAUACAGAAGCUGAACCAAGGCUUGCGCGACAUGCUGGAGCUCGACAAGGAGGAGAUGAUGUACGAUAGCUGCUACUGGCCAGAGGUGAACAAGACCGUUGGUGUGGUCUCGAAGGUUCCAUCGAUCAUGAGAGAGAAGCUCAUCAGUCAGGCGAUCAACAGAGAUGCUUCCUGCAAGAUGAGUAUCGUGCGGAGGGUGCAGCAGGAGGCUUCAGUGAGGGAAAGCGCAUUGAAGAAGUUGUUGAAGUCGGAAGGAGAGAUGUCUGCUGAGGAGUUGAUCAAGCUGAAGAAGACUUGGCUUACAGUCUUGACCUCCACUCGCUCAAUCAAAAUCUUCUCGAACAUCUUCAGGAUACGAAAAGCGAUCUCGAUUCUGAGCCUGCAUGCAGCAAUGUCGGAGCGCCAGGAUGAUUCAAAGAUUGAUGAGGAAUACGACGAGGAACAUCUGAGGGGAGUCCAGCGGUGGCUCUACCGAUGCAUCUUAUCGAAAAGAUGGCAGAAGCUUCGCACGAUGAACAUGGACAUCAUAUCUGCAUUCUUGCAGGUGCGGCGAUACCUGCAGAGGGUGAGGAAGAUUCAAAGGGCCAUGAAGGAAUUUCUUGAGUCGACUCGGGAGACCAGGAGGCUUCACUUGCACUGCGUCGACUUGUACGAGAAGAACUUCAUCAUCCGGACUCUGAAAUCUCCAUCGAUUCAGCCCCCACUGACUUUGUACAUCGAUCAGGCACAUGAGCUCUUCAACCCAGGGGUAAAAUUCGAGCAUCCCAAGUCCUCGGAGGUGAAAUCGUUGAAGAUCGAAAGGGAGGUCAAAGAAGACUUCAUUCGCAAGGUUACAGACAUCCAACAAGUCUGUCUCACUGCUCACUUCCGCUACCAGCGUCUCAAACUCAAACGAAAGGAAUACAUUCUGGCUUCCCAGCACUAUGACGCGCAGGUUUCCAUCUGGAAAGACAAGCUCAUGCAGGUCAUGUUGUUUCGAGACGCCAUGAGCGACUGGUUCGCAAACGGAGAAUAUGAUCAGCAAAAGGUGCACCAGCUCCAAACAGGAAUCUUCGGGCCUGCCAUGGCGAGCAAGACCAUGGGGCUGGAAAAUCCAACUCGUCCUGUCCGACCCAUCUGGACAGGCUGUUACGCUCUCAGUGAGGAGGAAGCAUGUGAAAUGCUGCGAGAAUGCAAUCGAACAGCAGGGAGCACACGCAUGAGACGCGCGUUGUUCCCCGAGGCAAGGAUGCAGUUUUUGGAGGAGAGCGCAUGA